AUGACGGCUGGGGUCGGUACGCCCUACUGGAUCGCACCGGAGAUUCUUGAAGGCAAACGGUACACUGAGCAAGCGGAUAUUUACUCGUUCGGAGUGGUUUUAUCCGAGCUGGACACGUGCAAGAUGCCGUUCUCUGACGUCGUUACGGCAGAGGGAAAGAAACCCAAACCAGUUCAGAUCCUGCACUGGGUUCUGGAUGGAAGAUUGAGUCCAACUUUCUCCGACAAAUGUCCGAGUCGGUUGGAACGCAAUGUUUGCAGCAUGAUCCGAAGCUGCGGCCGACUGCAGCCGAGCUAA